GGGAGAUAGAGAAAUAUAGCGACCUCGUAAGAACCGCCUCCUUCGCCAUUUGUAUCAUCUCUCUAUAAAACCACUUAACCAUCGACCUCUCUUUGCAUGCAACAAAUCACUCAAAUAAUUAUUUUAUAAAGAACCAAAAAAAAAAAAGACGGCAGAGAAACAAUGGAACGUGGAGCUCCUCUCUCUCACUAUCAGCUCCCCAAACCCAACUCUGGAUUGAAUUUGGACCAGCAGAGUAACUCAAUCCCGACAUUGACCGGUUCCAUCGUUGACGACAAGAACAAGAGUGGCGUGGGGCAGCAACAACCAUGCAUGGCUCGUGAACAAGACCAGUACAUGCCAAUCGCAAACGUGAUAAGGAUCAUGCGUCGAAUCUUGCCGUCGCACGCCAAAAUCUCUGACGACGCCAAAGAAACGAUUCAAGAAUGCGUCUCCGAGUACAUCAGCUUCGUGACCGGUGAAGCCAACGAGCGUUGCCAACGCGAGCAGCGUAAGACCAUAACUGCUGAAGACAUCCUUUACGCUAUGAGCAAGCUUGGCUUCGACGACUACGUGGGACCACUCAACGUGUUCAUUAACCGGUACCGUGAGUUCGAGACCGAUCGUGGGUGUUCACUUAGAGGUGAGUCAUCGUCGUUUAAACCUGCCUUUGGUGGAAGUGGUAUUGGGUUUCACGGCCCAUCACUUGGCCCACCUCCUCCGGGUGCUUACGGUUAUGGUAUGUUGGAUCAAUCUCUGGUUAUUGGCGGUGGUGGUGGUCGAUACUAUCAAAACGGGUCGGGUCAGGAUGGAUCCGUUGGUGGUGGUGCGUCUUCUUCCUCUUCUAUGAAUGGAAUGCCCACUUUUGACCAAUUUGGUCAGUAUAAGUCAGAAAUGGAUGGUGAUCGUCAAAAUCGUCGAGCACUUAUCACUUUGACGAUAGCACUCAUGUUAAUGUUCACCACUCUCAGACCAAUUCUCAAUCCACCUGCAGAUCUCAUGAACGCAUCAUCAAUUCCAAAACCAGGAAUCACAACGACAGAAGCUGAUUUUCGAGUCAAACAAGUAGCAAGAAAGAGUUUCUGGGCGUUCAUCAACUCAGCGUUUGCGUUAGCUUCCGCGGCUGCGUUAGCUCAAGUAGGGAAACGUGUAGCUCACGGAUCAAGUGAAGUUGGGGAAAGAGUCUCCGUCAUACUUGUGAUGCUCGCUGUUACCUUCAUGUCGCUCGCGGGUAAGUGCGUCAUUGUUGCCAGGUUUUGGCCUUCUUCGUUGCUUCCUGCUUUGUCUCUCAUUGACACACUGUUCCAUGCUGGCGUGUUCAUGGCGGAGAUUGUUGGACUUGGACGAGCUUACAAAUCCUAUUUUAUGUAA